UGAAAUAAACUAAAGUGCAUGUCAAUACAUUAGUAGAUAAAGCACCUGAAACAGCAACUCCCAAAACGUAUUGGUCAGUGGAGAAGAAAGUAUUGCACGAAGAUGAUGGGGAAAGAGAAUUUCGUACAUAAAGGAACACCUUUUGCAGUUAAUGUGCACUCUGAGGAAUCUCUCAAUUAUGCAGAAAAUGAAUUCCCUGUACUAGAUGAUGAUAUUUUCAAUGUAACCUACCCUAAAUCAGGUACUAACUGGAUGAUAGAGAUUCUGAACUUGAUCAAGUACAAAGGAGACACCACUAUGAGUAACAGGGUGCCAAUAUAUGAGCGGUCACCAUGGUAUGAAACAAUAAUCGGAAAAGAGCAAGUUAAAGCCCUUAAUCCUCCAAGGAUAAUCUCUUCUCAUCUACCAUACCAUAUGUUUGCCAAGUCUUUCUCCAAAUCGAAAGCAAAAAUAAUCUACACAAUGAGAAACCCUAAAGAUGUCUUUGUGUCGAAUUACCAUUUUGCCCACGCCCUCCAGAUUUUUAAAGAGCCUAAAAGCCUCCAGGAACAUAUGGACAAUUUUUUACAAGGAAAUUCUUUAUAUGGCUCUUGGUUUGAUCAUGUUAAAGGAUGGAUGCAAAUGAAAGAGGAUAGACGCUUUUUCUACAUUACGUAUGAAGAGCUUCAGCAGGACCUCAGAGGCUGUGUGCUAAGGAUAUGUAAGUUCCUAGGACAGGAAUUAGAAGAUGAAGCAAUUGACUCGGUUGUAAAAAAUUCCUCUUUUAAAGUCAUGAAGGAUAACAAGAUGGCAAACUGGACCACAAUACCUUCAGAUGUAUUCGACCACUCUAAAGGUUCCUUCAUGCGUAAAGGAGUCUGUGGAGACUGGAAGAACUAUUUUACUGUUGCCCAGAAUGAAAUAUUUGAUGAUGUUUAUCAAGAGCAAAUGAAAGAUUUAAAUACUAGACUAUUUUGGGAUGAGAACUAACAUGUUUCACUAAAGGGAAAGGCAGUUAAAUUUUUUGUGGUUUUCAUUUAAAGAAAGUACAGAUAAUCAUUAUGAAAGAAAUGAAAGAAAGUGACAUUCUGAGUUACAGGCUACUUUACCAAGUGUAUUUUAAAAGAUUAUAUUUAGGUAAUAUUAUGAUAAAUUUGUGUCACAGCUGAAUGUGUUUCCUGUUAUUUAAUUGAGGAGUACGCAAUUAAACCCUUAGCAACACCAUUUUAGUAUGCUUCUUUUGUACUUAAAGGGACACUCCACAGUACAUAU